AUGUUGGUAUGCCUGGCGGCGGCUGAAGGGCGGUCCGGGAGAUGGAAGAUCGUCCCAGGAACCAAGUGGUGCGGCCCCGGGACGAGAGCGAAACACGACGACGACCUCGGAAGAUUCGCCGAAACCGACCGCUGUUGCCGAGAGCACGACAAAUGCCCCGAAAAACUGCAAAAGGGCACGACCAGCCACGGCCUGACGAACAAUGGAAGGUUCACUCUCUCCCACUGUGACUGCGACGAGAGGUUUCUGAGGUGCUUGAAGAAGGCGAACAGUAUGUCGGCCUCGAUUGUGGGUCGAAAUUUCUUCAGCGUUUGGAAUCCAAUGUGUUUUAAGGAGGACUACCCGACGGUCUGCAUCAAGUACAGAUAUAGACGCACGUCAAACCAAGUGUGGCUGCAUGAUCAAUAA